AUGGCCCCCGGCUCUCGUCUUAGACGGCGCUCUGACGAUAUUACCCCAAAGCAACAGAUGGCCUCUCCAGAGCCAAGCCCUCGCUCGCGGGAGCCAGUCCCCAUCCCCAGCAGCAACCCCGCCAGCCAGUACACUCUCCUCGAAAAACUGGGCACAGGAAGUUUCGGGACUGUUUAUAAGGCAAUGCAUAAUGAUACGAAGCAAAUCGUGGCUAUAAAGCAGAUUGAUUUGGAGGAUUCGGACGACGACAUCUCGGAAAUCCAGCAAGAGAUUGCUAGUCUUGCCCAGUGCGAUUCAGAAUACGUGACGCGCUAUUAUGGGUCAUUCGUUGUGGCAUACAAGCUUUGGAUUGUCAUGGAGUAUCUGGCCGGCGGUUCUUGUCUCGACCUACUCAAAGCUGGGACAUUUACCGAAGCCCAUAUCGCCGUCAUUUGUCGCGAACUCCUUCUCGGUCUGGACUACCUUCACACCGAAGGCACUAUCCACCGCGACAUCAAGGCAGCCAACAUCCUGCUCUCUUCAUCCGGCAAAGUCAAACUUGCGGACUUCGGAGUUGCUGCCCAGCUGACGAGCACAUUGCGACACACCUUUGUGGGCACUCCAUUUUGGAUGGCUCCUGAAGUUAUCCGACAGGCUGGUUACGACGCUAAAGCCGAUAUGUGGAGUCUGGGAAUUACGGCCAUAGAGAUGGCCAAGGGUGAACCACCCCUUGCAGAGUACCACCCAAUGCGUGUGCUCUUCCUCAUUCCGAAAGCAAAGCCGCCCGUUCUUGACGGACCGUUUUCUGCUGCGUUCAAGGACUUCGUGAGCCAAUGUCUCACAAAGGACCCUCAUGCCCGCCCGACUGCCAAUGAGCUCCUUCAGCAUCGCUUUAUUCGCGCUGCUCGGAAAACCUCGUAUUUGACGGAGUUAAUUGAGCGUUACCAAGACUAUCGAGCGCGAUCGCCACAGAAGGGUGGUCACCAGCCUUUCCAACCCACCAUUCGACCAUGGGAGGCAAAUGGCACCAUCCGUAGCGACUGGAACUUUGACACCAUCAAAUCAGUUUCGGCUAUGGGAACAUUUCGGAGUAUGGCGAAAGACCUGGAAAUGCCUCCAGGGAUGGAGUUGGACGAAGAUGCAGACGAUUCGGAUGAAGAACUCCAUGGCUCAAUUGACACUGGUGGAGCAACAAAGGGUAGUGAUGCCAUUCCUGGUAUUGGUAUGCAGCUUCAGGCGGCACACUCAACUGUCCUCAUACGACCUCCCAACGAGAAAGAUGUCCCGGCAUUACUAGAAGAUGAUUCGUCUGCAGACACCCACUCUGACAACCCACAAACUCCCCCCCAAGACAACUUCGGUCUCGGCGCCCCUCCCGCCUAUUCAGGUUCAGUUCGGAACAGUCGUCGUUCAUCGUAUGCCGCUCGUAACUCUCUGAACGGUGCCGGUACCGUUAUGAGGGAAGCCGAUCUCGGCACUGGUGUCGAUACCAUCCGCCCGGUCAAGAAAGUUGACACGGUUGGCUCAUUGAGGUUGUCCUCUGAGUAUGUGGGCAGCAUGAGGCGAGAGGGAAGCGGCAGUUCUGGUCCUACUUCACCGACGUCACAUCGGAGAGCCACCAGUGAAGCCGUCAAAGCAGGCAGAAGCUUGGUUGACGAUGUGGUCCUCCCGAUAUUACAAUCCGCUACCCGAGACGACAUGGAUGCGCGGGAAAUUGAAUCACUGAGCAUGAUCUCAAGGGGUUUCACUGAACUCAAGGAAGCCAACCCUGAACUGGCCUACAAUGUUAUUCUGGACAUUCUCUCUGGGAUCAACGACAACGCGGCCGUUCGACAGCAUGUCCAAACUUCGCGGAGUCUUUUCCCUCACAAACGUAUCAUUCGGAAAAGCGAAAUGACCGCCAAAGGAUUGGUUGUCACCGAAGUCCAGGAAGAUGUCUCGGGUCUACCGCCCACCUUGGAAUCCGCCAAAUCAGAUGAGGCACCUCAGAAGAAGUCUGCUAUUUCAGAGCUCAUCUACAUGCGCUGGUUAGAGGGUUUGCGGUUGAAGUGGCCCAGUCUUACUUGA